AUGGAUUCUCCAGUCCAAGAUUUCAACCCCAAGCUACAGCUUACUCCUACACAAUUUGCCGCUAUCGAGCCAAACGCUUAUAUCCUUUCCCAAUUAUCUCAACGACCGUCCAGUAAUGGAAUCCCAACUCGAGCCAAUGCCCGCGAGCAAUUCGAAUUCCGAGACAUGACUGUCACAGUUGGAGGAUUCACGCACGCAAAUGGCAGCUCCACUGUACGCAUCGGUGACACAUCAGUGGUGUGUGGCAUUGUUGCUGAGCAGAUUUACACUUCGGAAGUUCCUUCGUGGGACGUCUCGCAGGCUUCAGUUUCCGCCAAUAAACGCCGUCGUCUGGCCAGCUCUGGCAAGACUCUUCUCGAUAAUGAUGAAGAUGAGGACCUAGCUUAUGACAAUGAGGACUGCCGCCACAUCGAGGACCGCUGCUUGCUUGUGCCCAACGUGACCAUGAACACCGGAUGCACCCCGGGCUACGUCCCAGGUGCCCCUCCCUCUGAGGAUGAACAAUCAAUCUCAAACAACCUUCUGGGACUUCUUCGCUCCACUCGCAUGAUUCAAGCUGAGGACUUGCGCAUCUGGUACCAGCCACCAAACCUCGGCGCCGAAGAGUCAGACAGCUCGAAUGAGACUCAGCUUCCAGAGCUCAAGGCUUUCUGGGUACUCCACAUUGAUAUUAUGGUCAUGUCUUACGGCGGUAACAUCUUCGACGCAGCAUGGACUGCGCUCGUUGCUGCUUUACGCCAUGUCACCAUUCCUUACGCCUGGUGGGAUGUGGAUAAGGAGAUGAUUCUUUGCUCAGAUGAUUCUAGCAAGGCCCACAAGUUGUCUUUGCGCGGAAUGCCUACAUCUUGCUCAUUUUCCAUCUUUCAACCUCAGCCCCGCCCGUCUUCUCAAGACGAUGCUGCUGAGAAUGGCAAGGAUUGGUGGAUUUUUGCCGACCCAGACGGCUACGAAGAGAGCGUCUGCGAGGAGUAUGCUUGGUGUGUCGUGAGCAAGGAUAAGAACGGCAAAACCCGUGUCUACCGAGCCCAGAACGUCGGAGGUUCUACCGUGGAUUCCAAGAUUAUGUACAACUUGGUGCAGAUUUCUGCCAAGAAAUGGGAAGAUGUCAAGAGCAUUAUUGACGAGGUUGUGGCUACUGGUAGCCCUCGAGCUGUGUCCUGGAAGGGCAAGGCAUACAGCGCAUGA